CGCAAAUCGAUUCUUCGACAUUGUCGCAGUCGCAAUCGCAAUCGCAAGUUGAAAACAGCAUACGAAUGAUUCAUUCCCUGGUCGGUCCGAGGGCUCCUCCGCUUUCCUGAGCCGACUUUCAACGAAGAUGCCAGGCCUGGUGCGCAAGCUUCUCAUCUUUGCUGCUGUUGAUGGAAUCAUCCUUCAGCCAGCCCCGCCGCGCAAUCAUCCGCCCACCACUCAGCAAGCUAUCAAGAUAGACUACAAGGGCAAUGUCGGACCUCUACUCAAAGAUAGACGUGAUGCGGAUACUGCUCCCGUCUCUCUCGAGGCCCAAGGGAUUGUUGGCAUCCUAAAAAUCGCUACGUCCUUCUUCCUGAUAACUAUCAGCAGUCGUGAACAAGUCGCACAAAUACGCGGGAAGUCAAUUUACAAGAUCACCGAUGUCGCACUGAUACCGCUUGCCUCCCAGAAAGACGCCAAUGAGGCUAUUGUGGCCGCACAGGAACAUAUGCGACGGCACAGGAACAGCGUUGAAGGGGAAGAUGACACCCACAGCGAAAGCGAGGACGAGGCGCCCAGCGUGACAGAUUCACUCGUUGACGAGCAUGUAUCUGCCCAAAAGGAGGUCAAAGAUCCGAUCACGGCACAGCUUGGGUCGGUGGAUAAGCGCACAAGUGUCGCAGAGGAUGUCAUGCAGAAAAAAGGGCUGUAUGGUCGGUUUGCAAACAAAUGGUUCUCUAAGACGGGUUGGAGCGCCGAUAGUAGACGCUCCCAGGGACUCAGUUCGGACGAAGAUCUCACUCGCAAGAAUGCAAACAAGGAUGUUGACUCUACAGUACCCCCAACUGAGGAACAGCCCACAAACACCCCAAACCCAGAGUCGCUGACGGUGGGAGAUGAGGACAUCAAAGGACCUAUCAGUCCCGAUGAGAUCCCAAAGGCUUUUGAAGGGUCGAGCAGCUCAACGUCAACGUCUUUGCUUCCAAAGAUACUUCGAACUACGAAGAUGUAUUUUGCAUCGGGAAACUUUUACUUCUCUUAUGAUUACGAUCUAUCGCAUGGCAUUGAUAGUCAGCAAUCUAAUUCCAGCGCUCCUCUGUUUAGGCAUUAUGAUCCUCUUUACUUCUGGAACCAGCAUAUCAUAUCUCCAUUCAUCAAUGCAGGUCAAACUAGCUUCGUUCUCCCAAUCAUUCAGGGGUUUGUCGGCCAACGCCCUUUCAGUAUCAAAAUUGUGGAUAGUCGGGACAAUAGUGUUAUGAUUGACCCCGAUGCCACACCAGAUGAUAUACAACUACAGUCAUGGAAAGACAAGAAUACCGAUUCAGACUCGGGUUCUGGCGUCGAAGUUCCUCUGGAGCCCUCCAACGGUAAAGCGUUCCUAUUGACCUUGAUUUCCCGAAGGUCAACGAAACGCGCCGGGCUUCGCUACCUCCGUAGAGGAGUCGAUGAUGAGGGUCACGCUGCUAACAGCGUAGAAACGGAACAAAUCCUGUCGUCCCCAAACUGGGAUUCCUUUGAUGAAAAGUGUUUCUCCUUCACACAAUACCGGGGUUCGAUACCACUGUUCUUCUCACAAUCACCAUAUAGCCUUAAGCCCCAAGUGAACACGUGGGGAUCGCCAGAAACAAAUGCCCAAGCCUUUAAAGAGCACUUCGCAGAUCUAACAUCGAGAUACGGGUCUAUCUACUGUACUUCGCUAGUAGACAAACAUGCAACGGAAGCCAAGAUUGGUAAUGCGUAUGAAAGUCAUACUAGGCGACUUAAUUCUGAAGGCGGUAUUGAUGGACAGGGGAGACAGCUGGGGUUCGAAUGGUUUGAUUUUCAUAGUGUCUGCCGUGGCAUGCACUUCGAGAAGGUUUCGAUUCUUUUGGACACGUUGUCACCGUUCCUGAAAGAAAGCUCCUGGACAGAGAUCGCAAACGGUGCCGUGGAAAAGAAGCAAUCGGGUGUGUUGAGGACAAAUUGCAUGGAUUGUCUAGAUCGUACCAAUGUUGUGCAAUCUGCAUGUGCAAGGGCAAUAUUGGAAUCUCAACUCUCUGCAGGGAACUGUAACAUCGAUCUCCAGAAUGACCCAAGUACAAGCUGGUUCAACAAUCUGUGGGCCGACAACGGAGAUGCGAUCUCACGCCAGUAUGCUGGUACUGCUGCACUCAAGGGUGACUUCACGCGAACACGUAAACGUCAGAUCACCGGUGCCUUGACCGAUUUUGGCCUGACUCUAACGAGGUACUACAACAAUAUCGUUAACGACUACUUUGCACAAGCGGUCAUUGACUAUCUACUGGGACGUGCCACAGACUCAAUAUUCAGCGAGUUUGAAGCUGACAUGAAGAGCUCGGAUUACUUCAUUGAUGUUCGGAAGGUCCGACAAGCUGCUAUCGAACGCUCUGCUGGCAUCGUAAUUGAAGAUCAGGAGGAAGACCUCAUCGCUGGCUGGACGCUGUCUGCGCCCACCGCCGCUAACGAGCUGAAGACUGCGACAUUUGAAGAAGCCGUGCUUCUCCUUACUGAAAAAGCUUUGUAUUUCUGCCGCCUUGAUUGGGGCACUGAAAAAGUACGCGAGUUUGAGCGUGUUGGAUUAGAGCAGAUCGACGGCAUUUUUCGCGGAGUCUACAUCACUAGUACCCUCGGUCGGAGGCAUGUGGACGAACAGAAAAAUGUAGGUUUCGUCGUGCGGUAUCGAUCAGACCCAUCGCAAGAACUUGUGCGAAGAAACACCCGAAGUCUCGAAUCGGAAGAGAAACACCAAUCCACCACCAAGAAGGCCGAGGAAGAAGCAGGUCGAUUUUUGGCAUUCAAGGCGUUACCGCCACGCAGUACUCUACCUUCUGCUACCUCUCCCGAGUCUUCCGCUGAAUCCGAGGUCGAUGUUGUGAAGAAUAUUUCUGACGAAAUAGCCAAGAUCGCGAAUCGGUUUCGAAGACGCGGAGUACUGGACGAAGGCUUUGAGAUCAAGGACAUAGAACCAGAAGAGAAGGAUAUCAUCAGCGCAGCGGAUGCACGGAAGAGCACAGGAUAUCUAGAACAAUUGGGCUACUCAUUGAAGAAGUUGGUAUGGGCGUGAGCGGUUUGCGGGUAGUAGCAUCAUGCAAAGUACCGAAUAGUCCAUCGGAUGAUGAAGGAUCACUGAUAUGACGCGAGCUGUACCAUCGGGUUCAAAGUCGAUAGAAUAUCAACUAAUACACUUUGAUUAAUACGCUU